UGCGUCGGCUCCCCGGGCGAAGAUGGCGGAGCGCGGGUACAGCUUUUCGCUGACCACCUUCAGCCCGUCUGGUAAACUUGUCCAAAUUGAAUAUGCUUUGGCUGCUGUAGCUGGAGGAGCCCCUUCAGUGGGAAUUAAAGCUGCAAAUGGUGUGGUAUUGGCAACUGAGAAGAAACAGAAGUCCAUUCUGUAUGAUGAGCGAAGUGUACACAAAGUGGAACCAAUCACCAAGCAUAUAGGUCUGGUGUAUAGUGGCAUGGGCCCAGAUUACAGAGUGCUUGUACACAGAGCUCGAAAACUAGCUCAGCAGUACUACCUUGUUUACCAAGAACCCAUUCCUACAGCUCAGCUGGUGCAGAGAGUAGCUUCUGUGAUGCAAGAGUACACCCAGUCAGGUGGUGUUCGUCCAUUUGGAGUUUCUUUACUUAUUUGUGGUUGGAAUGAGGGACGACCAUAUUUAUUUCAGUCAGAUCCAUCUCGUCAUAAGUCAUUGUUUUUUAAAAAAUGCUUUAGAUAUAAUGAAGAUCUGGAGCUUGAAGAUGCCAUUCAUACAGCCAUCUUAACCCUAAAGGAAAGCUUUGAAGGGCAAAUGACAGAGGAUAACAUAGAAGUUGGAAUCUGCAAUGAAGCUGGAUUUCGGAGGCUUACUCCUACUGAAGUGAAGGAUUACUUGGCUGCCAUAGCGUAGUAAUGAAGUGACUGAAUGACUGAAAUUUCAGAUCGUCUAUCUACUUAAACAUGUUUAAAGUAUAUUUGUUUUGCAGACUUUUUGCAUACUUAUUUCUACAUGGUUUAAUCAACUGGUGUUUUUAAAAUGACACUUAUAAAUCAUAAUAAACUGUUAAAUCCAA